UGCGGCGGGGCGCGCCGGGGCGGCGCGGUGGGGGCUGCGGAGCCUCCCCGGCUCUGGCUCCCCAGUCCUUCCGCCCGCCGGUCGCCGACCACCGCCACCGUCGCGCCCUGCCGCCCGCCCUGCCCGCUGGUCAGGACCGCGCCCGGGAGGAUGUACCGGAGCCUGGCGCUGGCCGCGAGCCCCAGCCAGGCCGCCUACGCCGACUCGGGCUCCUUCCUGCACGCUCCGGGCACCGGCUCCUCGAUGUUCGUGUCGCCGGCGCGCGUCCCCUCCACGCUGUCCUACCUGCCCCGGUGCGAGCCGGGCCCACAGCCCCCAGAGCUCGCCGCGCGCCCCUGCUGGGCGCAACCCGCCCCCUCGGAUUCGUCGGCCUUCGGCCCCGGCAGCCCUCACCCGCCCGGGGCCACCGCCUUCUCGUUCCCGCACAGCACCCAGGGACCCGGCAGCGGCAGCAACGCCCGGGGCGGGGACCGCGGCGCCUACCAAGGCGCGCUGCUGCCUCGGGAACAGUUCGCGGCCCCGCUUGGGCGGCCCAUGGGCACCUCGUAUUCCACCACCUACCCGGCCUACGUGAGCCCCGACGUGGCCCCCUCCUGGACCGCCGGGCCUUUCGAUGGCAGCGUCCUGCACAGCCUACAGGGCCGCCCGGCCGGUCUCCCAGUCCGCAGGCCCACCUUGGUGUCUGACUUCUUGGAGGAGUUCCCGGGUGAGGGUCGUGAGUGUGUCAACUGCGGGGCCCUGUCCACACCCCUGUGGCGCCGGGACGGCACCGGCCACUACCUGUGCAAUGCCUGCGGCCUCUACCACAAUGACGGCGUCAACCGGCCGCUCGUCAGGCCCCAGAAGCGCCUGCACACUGACAGUCUGGCCCUAGCUACCGCCAAGGAGGGAGCACAGAGCUCCUACAGAGCCCCCACUGUGGUCCUGGUGCCGCGGCCUCUGGCCAUGAAGAAGGAAAGCAUCCAGACGCGGAAGCGGAAGCCGAAGACAGCCACCAAGCCCCGGGGCCCCUCAGGAGCCACAGCAAAGGCCUCCGCCUCCCCAUCUACUGUCCGCAGCACUGACAGCUCAGUGGUCACGUUGAAACCUGAGUCCCGCCUGGUGUCCCCUAUGUGCCCUGGGUCCGGUGCGGACCCCCAGGCCUCCGGCCAGGAGGAUGACUCCUUUGCCCCCGGCCACUUGGAGUUCAAGUUCGAGCCUGAGGAUUUUGCCUUCCCCUCCACAGCCCUGAGCUCCCAGGCUGGCCUUGGGGGGGCUCUGCGCCAGGAGGCCUGGUGUGCGCUGGCCUCAGCCUAGGUCCCCAGGCAGCCUCCGUCAGGGGAACAAUCUGGAACAGAGCAACCACUGAUUCACUACGUGACUCCUUCACUCCAGCACAGCAGAAACCAGCAGGCCAGAGACUGGGUGUCCUGGAGUCUCCUCGAGGCGGUAGGGAGGCCUUCUGUGCAUCGGGCAGUCAGCCCCAGAGCAAGAAGGCUGGUGAGGAAGGGCCCAGCUCCCCACCCCACGCACAGCAAGGGACUCCCCAUGUGCGGCCAAGGCUCCGGCCCACACUGGCCACCCUGCGGCGGCCAACCCAGGGCACCACCGCCAGCUCGAAUUCCGUCCUCAGCGCGCACCGUCAAUCUGUUUAUAGUUGCAACAGUUGGGGAAAACAAUCAAGCUCCCAGUGCAGAACCAAGAUGCCAAGCGAAGAGCCUGAGGGAGGGGAACGAGGGGAGCAGCUGGGCAUGGGCCUCCCAGGGCCUCCGCUGUCCUUCGCUGUCCCCACUGAGACGGAGCUGGGUGCGGGGAGCUGUCCCGCAGCCGAUGCAGCACUGCCAAGGAUGGGUGUGCAGGCCACACAUGGUGCCAGGAUACGCCACGGGGAAGCCGUUCUUACUGCGGUCAUCACAGGCAUGUGCACUUGUUCAGACGGCUUUUCCAGAGGGGCUGGGAAGGGCCCUGUCCUGGCUGACUCUGUAUCAUAACGGUUUUUACAGGCAGAGUGAAGUGUCCGGGAGCCCUGCCCUGACCCAUCCAAGUGCUGCUGGGGCUGGUGGCGAUGUGGCCGCGUGUCCUGGCUUAUGUGGGGCUGUGCAGUUUAGUCUCUUGUCCCAACAGAAUCGUUAGUGAUCUCCUUUCACUUGCAAGCCCCCUCCACACUGGGUCACACUGGCGAGAGGCACCCUGCCCAAGGCAGCUGUGAAUGCCAGUGACUUCAUGUCCAGGAGGCCAUAGGGAGCAGAGGAGCCGGCUGGCCACAGCGCCCUGCACAACUUCUCCCACCUGGCUCAAGAGAACUCAGCCAAGGCCCCGCGUCCUCACCUCCGCCCAGUUGCUACAUUUCACCUGCAAGGCCUGAUUUUUCCAGCAAAGCCAGAAACUUGGAUUUUAAGUCUUCCAAUUUGAUUCAAAAACCUUUUCAACAUUGUGAGCCAGCUAGACCCCCAUGCACUGCCCCAUUUAAAACUUUUAUAUUUAAAAACACUUGUGUCCCACGUGUGAAAUAAAGCCUUGAACCUCA